AUGGGCGACAGCAUAGACGAACCACAGCCUGAACGGCCCCAAGACGACGACAGGGAGAUAUCGCCCAGCCCCAACUCGAAGCGCCUCUCCCUCCAAGAGCAAGCCAAGUCGGCCAUUCACUUUGCCCGUCAGUCGGAGAAGCUGUCCCACGAGCACCCAGCCUCGUCCUCCUCGCCCGUCGCGCUACAAGCCAAGUUCGUCACCCCACAGGACCCCGUCAUCGUCACCACCGAUGGCGGUCGACUACCCGGCGUGCCGCUGGAGGAGGCGCACAAGCUCAACAUCCUGCGGGAGGAGCUCCAGGGCGACGAGCCCGAGACGGUGGACAUUAAGGAGGGCGACGAGACCAAGGAGCGCGUGUCAAACACGGACGACGACAAGCCGAGGGGCCAGCACAAGGUCGUCCAUGUGCCCAAGGGGCAAAAGGGCCACAACCUGCAGAAAUCAGCGGGCGCGACGCUGAGGAAGCAGAUGCCCCCGUCAUCUACCAAUCCUCUCUUCCCACCGCUGCCCCUCUACGGGCCCUCCUCCAUCCUCAGAGACGUCCAAUGCGUCUUCUUCCGGGUGGCGUCCUUCUUCCUCAGCUUGGCGUUUCUGCUGGUCAUUGUGCUGGGCGCGCUGUUCACGAGCAUACCACCGGCGAUGAAGAAGUGGUUCUAUAAACUCACAUUUCGAAACAUUGACAAGCGCAGGCCCUUUUACGAGGAGGAGAUGCGCAGGGCCAGGAUACGCGACGAGAAGAACCGCCAGUGGAAGAAGCAGCACGGUCCGCACAACAAGGCACAGGACGACAGCGAGGGUACGGCCGAGGAGUUCCCACCGACAGAGGGGGGCCGCGACCCCGUCAUCUGCGAUGCCGGCUACUACGCGCGCCGCGUGGGUCUCGACGUGGAGGAGUUCAGCGUGCAGACGGAGGACGGCUUCAUCAUCGAGCUCUGGCACGUCUACGACCCCAAGGAGUACACGCGCCAGAGCGAGGACAGCCGCGAGCACCUCGGCCCAACCGUGUUUGAGCGGCAGGGGAAACGCCUCAAGAACCCCCAACAAAAACCCAAGUUUCCCGUCCUGCUCAUCCACGGCUUGCUCCAGAGCGCGGGGGCGUACUGCUGUACGGACGAGCAAUCCCUAGCCUUCUGGCUCUGCAAGCAGGGCUACGACGUCUGGCUCGGCAACAACCGCUGCGGCUUCACGCCCCGGCACGUGCUCCUCGAGUACUCUGACCCGCGCAUGUGGUGCUGGAACAUUCGGCAGUUUGGCGUCUUUGAUCUGCCCGCCCUCAUAUCCCGCGUCCUGACCGAGACGGGCUUCGACAAGGUCGGCCUCAUCUGCCACUCGCAGGGCACCACGCAGACGCUGGUGGCCCUGGCCAAGGAGCAGCGACCGGACCUGGGCGACAAGAUCACCGUGUUCUGCGCCCUGGCGCCCGCCGCCUACGCCGGCCCGCUGAUCGGCAAGAUGUACUUUAAGUUUAUGCGCAUCAUAUCGCCCGCCUUCUUCCGCGUCAUGUUUGGCAUCCACGCCUUCAUCCCGUUCAUGAUGACGAUGCACGCCACCCUCCCCUCGGGCCUGUACGGCUGGAUGGGCUACAAGGUCUUUUCGUUUCUGUUCAACUGGUCCGACACGCGCUGGGACCGUGGCCUGCGGGACCGCAUGUUCCAGUUCUCGCCCGUCUACGUGAGUGCGGAGAGCAUGCGCUGGUGGCUCGGCCGGGAGUGCUUCGCGCGACACAAAUGCAUCCUCGCCACAAAGGACGUCAUACGCGAGGAGGAGCGCGUCGACAGCGACGCAUCCGGCGACAGCGGCGCGACGCUCCCCCCGGAGACGCAAAAGUCGCCGGGCGGCACGGCGUGGUACAAUGAGCAGGUCCCGCCGUUUGCGCUCUGGGUGUGUGGGAACGACGACCUAGUCGACGGCAAGAAGCUUCUGCGUAGGCUGCAAAGUGGACGGGAGCCGCAUGUCAAGGUUGUGCACAGCAAGGUCAUUGACGAGUAUGAGCAUCUGGACGUUAUUUGGGCCAUGGAUGCCGAGGAGCAGGUGUUCCGCGAGGUGGCCGAGACGCUGUGGAAGACGUGCCACGUCCGGGACGAGGUGCGGGUGCCCAAGGGGUGUGAGCAUGUAGAGUCUUGGUCACCGGAUGCGAACGAGGUCGCGUCGUCUUCUAAUGAUUCGAGUGAGUGA